ACAGUCAGAUUCGGAUGAUGUCAUGUUCAUAAAUACUUUUUCCUGUUGAAAUAUGUUUUAAUGCUAUGAAGAAUAUUUCAAAGGUAUAACACUACUUGUAUCGUCGUAUAAAUUUUUUGAUAGCUUAAUAAUAAUGGCAGAAAUUGAAUGGCCAUGGCAGUACAGUUUUCCUCCAUUUUUUACACUUCAACCUCAUUCAGAUACUAGAGCUAAACAAUUAGCAGCAUGGAAAAGCUUAAUACUAGAAUAUUAUCGUAUCACAAAACAAGCUAUUGUAGAUAUAAGAGAAGUUCAUUCAAGCCCAUUAUUUAAUAAUUCUGCAAUUAAUCGCAAAUUAUCAUCGGAGGCUAUCUUAUUAAUAUUGGAAGAAUUAGCAAAAUCAGGAAAUGCAAGUCCACUAGAUAAAACAAAACAAAGAUGGCUAAUUUAUUGGCACACUUUGGAAGAAUGGGGUGAAAUUAUUUAUAACUGGGCACAAGAUAAUGGAUUUAUAGGUUCUGUAUGUACUUUAUUUGAAUUAACACAAGGAGAAGACACAACACAUCAAGAAUUUUAUGGACUUGAUACAGAAGUAUUAAUCAGAGCACUUAAAACACUAGAAGCAAAUAAGAAAGCAGAGCUAAUUUUAUUUGAUGAUAAUCAAGGUGUCAAGUUCUUUUAAAUACAUUGCUUUGAGAAAGUAAACACAAAUUUUUACUAUUUUCAAAAUAUAUGUAUAUAAUUAAAUAAUUACAUUUUUAAAGA